UCAAAGUAAUUGGGCUUUUAGCUGUAGGCCCAUUAAAUUUGUCAGUACUCUUUGCUUUGGUUGGGGACAUGAUUAAGAGUUUCUCCAAUUGGUUGGGAAAAUUGAAAAAUCAAAUUCGAAAUGAUUGCGGUGUCUACAGACUCUAUCGUAAUCGUAUACCGUAGGCGUAGGGUACUGGAUAAUUUUGUUUUUUCUUGUUUGGUCAGAGAUCGGUUGAACGAUUGACUUCGCCGGCCAUUUUUUCAACGUUUCACACUUCAUCAUGAACACUGAAUCAGUUGUCGAGUUCCUUGGCAAUGUGCCCUUGUUGCAUCGGCUACCUAGUUCUUAUCUGAAGCGAAUUGCCCAAGUCGUUGUGUUCAAGCGUUACGACAGAGGUGAUUAUGUAGUUCGUGAAAAUCAAGAUGUCGAUGGAGUUUAUUUUCUCUUGGAAGGACAGGCUCAGGUUCUGAGAUCAGCCGGAGAAGAGUUCGUUUUGAAACGAUUUGAUUUCUUUGGCCAUGGUAUUUUUGGGGAUGUUUACCCAGCAGAUGUUGUUGCUCUGUCAGAGCUUACCUGCUUAUUGUUGAUGUCUGAUCAUCUUGCUUUGCUUGAGACAAAGUCAGUCUGGGAUUCAGAUAAGGAACUUGACUCACGCUGUCUUGUGGAACACAUAUUGUAUCUGGAACCACUUGAUUUGAAUGUAUUCCGGGGGUUCACUCCAUCCAAUGCUCCAACCUAUGGAAAGGUUUAUGGAGGGCAGUUAGUUGGACAGGCACUUGCCGCAGCAUCAAAAACUGUUGAAACUACGAAGAUAGUCCAUAAUUUCCAUUCCUAUUUCCUUCGUGUUGGAGAUAUAGAUAGUAAGAGCAUAAUUGUAAUGUGCUUUUUUCCCAUCAUAUUUGAAGUUAAUCGCUUACGUGACGGCAACAACUUUGCCACCAGAAAAGUAGAUGCUAGACAAAAAGGAAAAACCAUAUUCACCUUGUUCGCGUCAUUUCAGAGAAAGCAACAAGGUUAUAUUCACCAGGAGUCAACCAUGCCUCAUACACCAGCUCCUGAAACGCUUCUACCAAGGGAGGAGAUACUUGAACGGCUUGUAACUGACCCUCUGCUACCUAGGGAUUACCGAGACGAAGUUGCAACUGAAAUUAAUGUUCCAUUCCCUAUAGAUAUACGAUUUUGUGAGCCAAAGGAGUCUACUAAACAGACGAAGUCUUCUCCAAGACUGAAAUAUUGGUUUAGAGCAAAGGGAAAACUUUCUGAUGAUGAUCAAGCUUUGCACAGAGGUGUGGUUGCAUAUGCUUCAGAUUUGAUAUUUGCCUCCAUCAGUUUAAACCCUCACCGCAGAGAGGGCAUGAGUGUAGCUGCUCUUAGCCUGGACCACUCGAUGUGGUUCCACCGAUCGCUAAGAGCUGAUGAUUGGUUGCUGUUUGUGAUGGUGAGCCCAACCGUGUUUGAUAGCCGUGGUUUUGCCACUGGCAAAAUGUUCAACAGAAAGGGAGAGCUGGUGGCAUCUUUGACACAAGAAGCUUUGGUAAGAGAAGCUGUGAAUAUUAAGCCCUCCUUCGGGGCCAAGCUGUGAAGUCAUAUAAGAUUGAUAAUGAGAGAAGAAUUGCUGCAUCUGUUUACACAUCAAGGUCACAUUCUGCAUACGGUUUUCGAUUUUCACAAUUAUUAUACGCAAGUUUUGUUUGUUGUGAACUGUUUCAACUUUCAACAAUACAGUGAAAAUUCAAACGGGAAUUCAUUUUUGGGAUGGGAUAAAAACCUAUUAAUUAAAGUUGUUUUAAAGUGAA